CGGGGGCUGGAGUUGAAUGAUUGAACUUUCCAGCCGAGUUGCAGCGACCGCCCGCGAGGUCCCCGGCAGUGCGGCCCCGGCGCGGAGCUGGGAGCCUCGGCCAGCGCCCGGCGCCCGCGCCCCCGACCCGCAACCAUGGUUCCCGGGGCACCCGGCGCGGCCCUGACCCUCUGCCUCUGGCUGGCGGCCGCCGCCGGGGGCUGCCUGGCGGCCGGCCCCGGCGCGGCAGCAGCGCGGCGGCUGGACGAGUCGCUGUCGGCCGGGAGCGUCCAGAGGGCCCGCUGCGCCGCCAGGUGCCUCAGCCUGCAGAUCACGCGCAUCUCCGCCUUCUUCCAGCACUUCCAGAACAACAGUUCCCUGGUUUGGUGCCAGAAUCACAAGCAAUGUUCUAAGUGCCUGGAGCCCUGCAAGGAGUCCUGGGACCUGCGGAAGGAGCCGUGCCAGAGCUUCUGCGAGCCCCGGUUCCCCAAGAAGAACUCCGAGUGCCUGACCAGCUGCGAGUUCCUCCACUACGUCCUGGCCGUCAAGCAGGGCGCCUGCCCCGCGCCCGAGAGGGCCAGCGGCUUCGCGGCCGCCUGCGUGGAGAGCUGCGAGGCAGACGGCGAGUGCUCGGGCGUGAAGAAGUGCUGCUCCAACGGCUGCGGGCACACCUGCCAGGUGCCCAGGACGCUGUACAAAGGUGUGCCCCUGAAGCCCCGGAAGGAGUUACGGUUUGCGGAGCUGCAGACCGGGCCGCUGGAGAUCAGGUGGUCCUCCAAAUUCAACGUUUCCAUCGAGCCCGUGAUCUACGUGGUGCAGAGGCGGUGGAAUUACGGGAUCCACCCCAGCGAGGACGAGGCCACGCCCUGGCAGACAGUGGCGCAGACCACCGAGGAGCGGGCCCAGCUGACCGACCUGCGGCCCAGCAGGUGGUACCAGUUCCGCGUGGCCGCCAUCAACGUGCACGGGACCCGCGGCUUCACGGCGCCCAGCAAGCACUUCCGCUCCGCCAGAGACCCAUCCGCCCCUCCCGCUCCGGCCAACCUGCGUCUCGCCAACGCCAGCACCCACAGCGACGGGACGGCGACCGUCACCCUGGCGUGGGACGUCCCCGAGGAGGCAGACGUCCCCGUGCACCACUACAAAGUGUUCUGGAGCUGGACCGUGGGCAGCAAGGCCCUCGUCCCCACGAGGAAGAAGCGGAGGAAGACUGCGGAUGGUACCCAGAGCUCCGUGGUGCUGGACGGCCUGCAGCCGGGCUGGGAGUACACGGCGGAGCUCCAGGCCGUCGCCUACUGGGGCCAGGCGCGCCUCAAGAGUGCCAAGGUCGCCCUGCGCUUCACCCCCUCACACGCCGCCGCCGGCAACAAAGGACACCCCGGGAAGAGCAGGAAGGGCGUGCUGCGGGCGCAGGCGCAGGCCGCCCUGCAGGGACGCCGCCCCCUGCGCCCGCUGGAGAUCGGGGCGCCCUUCUACCAGGACGGCCGGCUGCAGGUCAAGGUGUACUGGAAGAAGACCGAAGAUGCCGGCGUGAGUCGCUACCAUGUGCACUGGCUCCCGGAAGUCUGCGCGCACAAUGGCACCACUGCCGGGCCGGAGUCCUCGUCGGCCACCACGCAGGGAAACUACAUUAUUCUGCAAGACCUGUCGUUCUCCUGCAAGUACCAGGUCACCGUGCAGCCCGCGGGGCCGAAGGGGCACCUGAAGGCACAGACGGUCUUCUUCAGGACGCCGCCCUGCUCCGCGCUGGAGGGGAAAAGCCGCGGGCACGCCAGCUGCCCCGGACACGGACACGCACACGCAGGUCACGUCCCGCCCAAAGUGCUGGCCAAGCCGGAGAACCUGUCCGCCUCCUUCGCCGUGCGGGACGCGAACGUCACGGGCCGCUUCUCCUGGACGCUGGCCCCGGCCGGCCCGUCCCCGUCCCCGCGGCGGACCGGCUUGCAGGUGACGUGGGCGGAGGUGACGACCGUGGAGAGCAGGCAGAACAGCCUGCCCAACAGCGUCGUGUCCCGGUCCCAGGUCCUGCCCGCGGACCAUGACGUCCUCACGGUGUCCAACCUCAGGCCAUCCACCCUGUACCGGCUGGAGGUGCAGGUGCUGACCACCGGCGGGGAGGGGCCCGCCACCGUCAGGACCUUCCGGACGCCCGAUCCGCUGCCGCUGCUGCCGGCCGCGCACAGGCCCCCCCUGAAGCACCGCCACCCCCACCCUUACAAGUCUCCCCCAGAAAGACACUAACCCGCCCGCAGAGGCGCGUGCGUCCAGGAGCCAGCCCGCCAGCCGCAGCCCGGACGGACGUGGGGACUCGCCUCGCACUUGGAGGAGCCGGGUGAUUCCUUGCUGCAGCUCCGCCCUCCUCCAGGUCACCCGUCUCCUUCCGCGAGGCCUGCGGGGCUCCGGCAGCGCGCGGGCUUCCUCUCCACCUCCACGGACGCGUCUGCUCGUCUCCACGGAGCGAACACAGACCUGGCGUUUCCCCGCGCGCACGCGGCAGGAUCUCAGAACGCAUCCGCGUGGCCGGCGCACAGUCCGCACACAGGCGCAGCCUGCUGUGCAUCCACACGGGUGUUUGAUUAAAUUAUUGAUCGGGGUUGCAGGGCCAGCUGAGGCGACACCGUUUGCAGGCCCUGUUUCGUCGAGUGUCGCCCAAGGUGGUUUUUAUUGCACGUGGGUGGUGGCGGAAAAUUUUAACCUGAAAUGUGCCAAGGCUGCGUACAUCUAAAAGUGUUUGCCCUUUAAAUACCGUAUAGGUUCUUUCAUACAAAGACCGUUGAGAGUCCCAUGCGUCCAUUACGAUGGCUGAGCCCCGUCUACAGCAGGAGGGACCCGGGGAAGGAGCCGGUGUCCAGGGUUUACCUUGCGGAAACGAAAACACUUCUCUGGGCUGCUGUGUCCUGUCUCGCCCCGUAACCCCAGAGAUUUCCCCCCGGGCACGCCCUCUUAUUUAUACUCCCCUUUUCCUUCACGAACACGGCGGCUGCUUCGCUUGGCUUUGCUCUCCACCUCACGCGUGUGAAAGCGGACGAACCCUCCUGCUGAGCGUGAGAGCGUCCCGGUCUUGACGGAGACCCACCUUGGGCCGGCGCCCUGAGGCUCUCUGUGGUCUCCGUGGCAGGCCCCGGGGCGGUGGCUCUCCUCGCGAGAACACAGCUGCCUCCCCCUCUCCAGCCCUUGCUGCUCCCAACCUGCUCCACACUCCCGCUGGGGAGUGUCCCAGGCUGCCAGCUCCCCCGUGCGAGGCCACAGGAACACGUGUCGUAGCGUGUUGUCAGUGUGUAGUGAGGCCACCUCCGUCCCAGAAAUGCCCAGUGGCAGCCUUGUUUCUCAAGGCGAUGAUGCCCACGUACGUGGUUUGACCUAAGCACAUGAGUGUGUCUGCAUAGUUACAGGCGUGUGUCUGCGUGUGUGUACUCACACACACGUGGAGGUAUACCAUGUGCACCCUGAGGACAUUGUUUGGGCAGCUCCCCGCGGUGCAGAAAGACACACAGCUCGCCCGCAGGCCCCACGGACAGCACACUUUCCCCACCCGUGUCCAUUCUGUGAGAAAAGAGCGGUUUACCAGAAGGACGCAUUUGGAAGGCAAGGGCUUGCUUCCUCGUUUCCUGGCCCACCCGCCAGAAGCCGGGGACCUUUUCGGGAACCUUCUCGUGAGGUUCUGCGGUAGGACUGGUCCUGGUUGGUGGUGGUGGCGGCCCCUGGGCAUGUGGGGGACGCAGCCCCCCCUCUGUACCCCUGCUCAGAGCGCCCGCGGCUGGCGUCUCCUAGCGGGUGUGACACAUGGCAGGGCGAGGCGUGUCCACGGGCCCACGGGCCCCGCCCUGUCCUCUCAAGGAAGCAGCGCUGGAGCUGGUGGCCCGAGAGCAGACCGAGAACCAUGCCCCGCGUGUCCAAAGUCACGCAGGGCGCAUCACGAGGUGGAGGCCUGCCUCUCUGCAGGGGGCGCCACGGAGGGGGCCUUCAGAGUGGCAGCAGGUGCCCGUUCUGACCCGAAUGUGGUCUGGGGUGUGCUUCUUGCAAGGGGUGCAAAGUCAGCCCGGCCAAGAAUGACCCUUUUUCACCGCGGAGAGAGCAGGACGGGCCUUCUUUUAAAUGCCCCGCCCCUCCGCCGCCGCCCACCCCAUCUUUGGUCCCCGGCACAGAGGCGCGCGCGUCUGACACCACUGUGUAUCCUGCCGCCACGACCAGCGCCCGAAUCUCUAACUCCCAGGACUUCAGAGAUGAAGAGUUGUCCUGCUCAGCUUCCCAAGGUCAUCUUUCCCCCUUAAUUUGUCACAAACAAAUCCCAGGAUUCCUGCCAGCAAGCUUUCGCAGACUUGUAUAGUUUACCAUGCGGGCGUGUGCGCAUGGCUACAAAAAUAUUCUUGUUAUAUAAGUUUAAAUUUAUAAGAUUUAACGCUGUUUCUUUUGUCUGCGUAAUAGACACUGAGCAAAUACACGCUUCGUUCUAAUGGCGGCCCGAAGCUUUUAUCUUCCCCAGGGGAUCGCAAGGUCCUCUUACCGGCUUCUAACGUUGCUAUAAUAGGCAGUAAUUAUACUACAAUUAAACUGCUCUACUAUUACUGGAAGAAAAUGCUGUUAAUUACACAACAAAAGAAACAUAAGCUUCUUUCAUGCAUUUCAGGAGUCCUCCGUAGUAGUCAAGUGAGAAAAAAAUUUAAUUGCAAUGUUUUUUUUUUUUUAUUUUAUUUUUAGAGAGGGAAGGGAGGGAGAAAGACAGAGAGAGAGAAACAUCCAUGUGCAGUUGCUGGGGGCCAUGGCCUGCAACCCAGGCAUGUGCCUCGACUGGGAAUUGAACCUGCGACACUUUGGUUCACAGCCCAUGCUCAAUCCACUGAGCUAUGCCAGCCAGGGCCUUAAUUGCAGUGCUUUGAGUUAUAAAAAUCCGGGUGCCCCCAUGAAGAGAUAAACAUCUAUGUUUUUAUAAAAACAUAGUUUUCACGGCGAAAUCUCUAAUACAUUUUAUGGAAAGUAGAUGCAUUUCUCAUAUGAAGAAGUACAGGGUUGGGGCAACAAUAGGUUGGCAGCUCGUGUGGGAAACGAUACGAGAAUGAACUUGGUUUUGCGUCCUCAUGGCUGGAAACCUGCUUUUGCCCACCCCGUAUCUUCAGGAAUGGCCUUUGCUCUCGAAAGAAAUUGAGCCCGUCCAACCACAAAUGCGCCAAAUACAGGGGCUGAUGUGAUCCACGGGGCACCCGUGGGUGUGCUUUUCACCCACAACCCUCAGCGUUUUACGGCGGAUGCACCCCACCCAUUCCUCUCCUCCAAAGUACGGACACGUGGAGCAAUUUUCCUAAUGGAACGCAUGCCCCCUUUCUAAUCCUUCACAGCUUCCGUGGGGUUCGUUAGAGACCACACAGUGAGGACAGGUCCCAUGUUCCAAUGCUCGCCCAACGGAAUUCCAAGGUUACCAGGGCGUCUGUGUCCUGGACACCUACCAGAACCCGCAACCAAGCGUCCAGUGAGGGUUCUCACUGAGGCUCUGCUGAUGUGUGGCGGGGGCUGACGGGUGUCCCUGGCAGGGAUGGUGCUGUGGGUGGUAGGGGUGGUCCUGGGGGUUGCAGGGUUGGCCCUGGGCACGGUGGGGAUGGUGUUGUGUGUUGUGAGGUGGUGAGCACCACCCCUGGUCUCUGCUCACCCCACACAGGAAGCACACCCCCCAAGGUGUGACGACCAGAACACCUCCAGACAUUGCCAACACCUCCCCAUGCUGUGGGGCGAUAUGGUCACCCCUGGUUUGCAGCCCCUGCAUCGUAGCGGUGAGAAGAACAUUUGCCCUAUAGGGAGGACCCCCCCGCCUCGGGGAAGGGGGAACAGCCGGGAGCUUAUUCCAUGGGGCUUCAGAGCCCCCAACUGUGUCUUUUCUGCCCACCGACACACCUGCCUAAUAGGUCGCAUUUGUAACGUGGGUGUGCCCCAUGCAAGCACAGCUAGGAACGUCGUACGUACCUGUCCUGGUCCCGUGUGGGAGUGACUGGCUGGUCCCCGCCCUUUCUGACCCCUGUGCACAGAGUCCCUGCCACGCCCCCAGGUGUCUGUCCGUCUUCUCACAGACUCGUGCGUGGAGGCUGCAAUGCACACGCCACACGUCUAGUGCGUGUACUUUAAAACUCAUGGGAACAUCACGAGAGGCAGAGAGGUGGGGCGUCUCGCCUGUUGCGUAGCAGGCCGAGUUCGGUGCCUCUCCGGAAAGCUCUGGCAAGUGAGACAGGCGAUUAGCAGGGGUCUGCAUGUAAGGGAACUGUUUUUAUUUGCUUCAUUCUGUUGCCCAGCUCAUAUAACAAAUGGCUACACUCUCAUCCCUGUGGUCAGCAGACACCGUGCCCCUUCCGGGGGCCGUUGGAAGUCCAUAUUUAUUUAUGUAUGUGCUAAACGUUUGAUUUCUGUGUGUGUAUCUGACAUGUUAUUCAGAGACAUCCUCUUGUAAAAAAAAAUUGUAAAAAAACCCCCACAAAAACGUAUUGUACAUAGCCUGAGAUUCUGCAACGCAGCAUCCUCACGGCAGCGUUUGUACAUGCUGAUCCAGUAAUAAAGGGUCCUGAAGCCUGCCCAC